AUUCGCGAUAAAAGUGCUUAGUCAUGCCAGUCAGUGAGAGCUCCGGGUACUGACCUCAUGCAUCGCUGCGCUGCCGCAACACCACGCCUUGGACGUUCACAGACCAUGGUCAAUUGAGCUCCAACCGAUGACGCUCUUGGUCGCACGACAAUGCCGACUCUUGGGGGCGCCUCAUGGUGCCGUUGGCGCGUUGCGGCGUCUGCAGCAGCCUGCCGUCACUGUAGCUGCGCGCUCGUAUGCGGAUGAGGCAAGGGCGGAUGCAGCAGAGGCACCUCGUGCUCCAGCAAGAGUCUAUCCAAACAGGAGGCUCGACCUCACCAGGUACAAGCAACACCAGAACGAUCGCGACAAACGGUUACGGAAGGAAUACUUCAAACAGUACCUGAGCGAGGAAAACACACAACACCGGAACGAACGCAAGAAACGUAUGAAAGAGUCGACUUAUCUGCUCACCCCAAAGUAUGAGGACAGUGAAACUGUUUCAGUCAACAGCGCGAUCCUUAUACCCGCCUCUGUCACCACUGCCGUGAGUGUGCCUGCAUCCUUGAUCUAGCAUAUACUCAGCCCUACAGAAACCAGAGCACUUCGUCAAGGAGAUCGACCCUGUCCACCCGUUGCUCCUGCUGAAGCAGAACCUCGUUGUCUUCCUCGUCACCCCGUCGUUCGCGCCAUGGCUCCUCGACGACCGUGUCUUCUUGGAGAAGGCACUCGCAAAGCUGUACCAGAACCUCCCCGGGCCCCUGCCAAAGGUGCAUGCCAUCUGCGCUGUCGUCGACAAACUGCCAGAGGCGAAGCCAGUGGGCGGCGAC